AUGCAGCUGCGAGCAUGGCUUGCACUCUCCGCCGCCGCGCUUUGGUUUGCUGCCUUUGGUGUCUCUCCGUGCCAUGCCUUACCAGUGGCGGUGAUCAACGCUACUCAAGCGGUGUUUCUUGAGGACUGCCAGAAGGCAUGGGGACAGAUGCUCCCAGGCUGGGCCAGGGGUGCUUAUUGUGACGAGAUUACCGGGGUCAUCUGUGACGGUGCAGGCAUGAUUACACAGAUAUACGUGUGUGACGGUGCAGGCAUGAUUACACAGAUGUACGUGUGUGACGGUGCAGGCAUGAUUACACAGAUAUCUUUGACUGAGAAUCUCAAUGGGUCUAUUCCGGACAGCAUCUCCUUUCUCACUUCACUAUCUGAUCUGUCUCUUACAAACAACAAUUUGAAUGGCUCCAUUCCCAACAGCAUCUCCGAGCUUUCUCAGCUCACCUUUCUGGAUCUUUCGAACAACUCUUUGACAGGAUCCAUUGCCAGGGGCAUUUACUCGCUUACUCAGCUUUCUUAUCUGUCUCUUUCUAACAAUCGUUUGACGGGCUCCAUUCCGAGCAAGAUAUUCACACUUCGCCAGCUCGCUUAUCUGUCUCUUGCAAAUAACAAUUUGAAGGGCUCCAUUCCCGACAGCAUCUCUGAGCUUUCUCAGCUCAAUUAUCUCCCAG